AUGGCGGCGGAGACAUACGACGACCUGUGCAACGAACUUUACGGCGACAUAUUCCGCAGAUUGGAGCGCAGAGAAGAAGAGACGUUGAGGUUCGUGCCGUGGGGGACGUGCAGGGACAUUUUCCAACAGAACGACAAUGGGAACCUGCGACGCUUCUUCCGUAGCCUCGCGACGUCAUAUCAAUCGAGCCGAGCAAUCUUCGGGCUAUCUGAGGCGGCGUUCGUGGAGAGGGUGGAUGAGAGAGGCCUACUUGACUUUCUCGGCACGCUCGUCUUCGCCACAUGUAGCAUUCGCGCUGCAAGGACCUGCGUGAGCCAUCUUGUCGCUUCUGACGAUCCUCAUGGAUCGAUUGUUCGACUGCCCGCUAGUCGAAUGCAGCUCGAGCGGCUUCUUGGUAGCGAGACCGACGCGGACAGGUUCAUUUCGAAGCAGGGGUGCUUCUGCGCUGUUGUGCUCCGCAAGAAAGAAGAGGUCCGAAUCGACGGCACGGAUGCCCCGCGGCUGCCGUAUCUGGAGGAGACGCCUCUUGGUGAGGGCUCGUUUGGCAAAGUCUUUCGCGUUCGAGUCGCUCGGGGACACUUCCACGACCGACACGCGGGUCCUGCCUUUGGCCACAAUGUCGAGCCUAUGGACAUGGCCCGCAAGGACUACAUCGUCGCCGACAAGUCCAAGGCAAGAGAAGAAUACGAUGUCAUGCGACAGAUCCUCGGUUCCACCUCUCGCAACUGCGAGAACAUUGUCGAGAGCUUGGGUGCGCUCGAGGUUGGGACGAAUUACAGCCUGUUCAUGCCCCUUGCUGUCUGCGAUCUUCGCACAUACAUGAUGUCGGGACAUCACAUCUCCCCUAGAACCCAAGAGGCUCGAGCUGAGAUCAUACACUGCGCCGCGGGGCUGGCAAGCGGGCUGCAGUUUCUUCACACCGGGAUACGAACCGCCGAUUUCGACGAGCUGGUGUGCUACCACAUGGACCUAAAUCCUAGCAACAUUCUCAUCUUCCAAGAAAGGGCAAACGACGGAAGCAUGCGCCGAAUAUGGAAGCUCAGUGACUUUGGCAUGGCGCGUGUCAAAGUGCGACGUCGCGCCGCCGCGGGAGAUCGCGAGAACGAUUUCAACAGCCUGUUUGUCCGACGGAAGAAGGUGCCCGACCCGUCCGUGUCUGCCACCCUCAACCGGCGAGGCGAGGGCACAUAUCUGCCACCCGAAUCCAUAUCAUCUACGGCGAGUAUGCGGACGAGCAGCGACGUCUGGGCGCUGGGAUGCGUCUUGAGCGUCGUGCUAACGUUCCUGGAGACGGGCGCCGAGGGCGUGCGCCACUAUCAGGACGCUCGCAUGGACCACCGUCGCGCCGAUGGAUACGAUCGCUUCUUCCUGCGUGGAACUAGGUUCACGGAGCCGGAUGUCCACCCGCAAGUGAAAGUUUGGCAUAAAGUGCUAAGGGAGAAGGCGACAAAGCGUAACCUCACCGAGGGCCAUGCCAUGUCAUGCAUGUUGGACUUUUUGGAGCAGUCCGUCAUUCGGGUAGCCCAGAGGUGCACUGCAGAGGACGUCAAAAAGAAGCUGCAGGAGACGCCAGGACACAACUCAGGCAUCAGCGUUGACGAGUGGUACCCCUGGGCAACCCAAGACUUUAAAGGGUGCGCCAUAUCCCCCGACGCGAAUGUUUUGGCGUACUGGACCGACAACAAGAUUAUGCUGUACACGUCACAGUCACUGGCAGCUCGAGAGGGGCAUACAGUCUCGCACGCCGCGGACUGGAAGCUGCCCGAGACUGACUGCGACUGUUUCCUCAAACAUGUCUGCUUGACCGACAAGUACCUUAUUGCCUCAACGGCAGGUCGCAGCCGACUGUACAUCUUUUACCUCCUCGGCGGAGACUCCGUGGACUACAAUUUCUCCGAGCUUCAUCGGCUCGUUCUGCAGCUCCCUGCGAUAUCCAAGAUUGCCAUCUCGUCGGACAGUGUGUGGGUGGCUUUCACGGCAAGAGCGAGCACAAACCCGCGAGACCGUGGAGUUUUCUUCUACGCAACAGUGCGCGACCUGAUUGAGGCCGUAGAACUCCCGCCCCGAACACCUAACCUCAACAACAAACCGCGAGAUGAGAAUGCUGCUACGUUGCCAGACGUACAUCGCUUCAAGUCAAUACCUCUCGACUGGUCUGCCGCAGAUGUCAUUCACUUGGCGCUGCUGGAAAGCCGUGAUGCGUAUCUAGUCGUCAGACCCGAGCUCACUACCAGGAGUCGGGAGCACAAGAUUCCCAUCACGCACAUGUCACUCGAUCGCCACCCAGUCACCAUGGACACACUGAACAUCGUUUCCCUGGGAUAUGAUGUGGGCGCCUUUGCUGGUCUCUUCACCGCGUUCUGCCCUUUCCAUGAUAGAAACACGUGCGCCGUCGUAACCAGAGAAAAGCGACUACACGUACAAAAGUUCGAAGGCUCCGACAAAAGUCUGGAGCUGCAAAAGGAAGUCCCGAAGUAUCGCAUUUCUCAGCUUUUAUCGAGCGGCCCCCGCCCACAAGGCAAAUUGCUCGCCAUCGGGGCGCCCUCGGCCAAACACCAAAUGGUUCUUUUGGAGAUACAACUCAAUACUUCCGAGCUCCACGUCCAGCAGCUCGCCAGCCUCCCUGGUCUGCUAUAUGGAGAUAACUUUGCAGCGGUUCUAUCCGACGACAAGUCUGAUCCAUGCGUCAUUGUCGCCUCUUUGACCGGUGCGAGCCGGCGGGUCAUCUACAAAGUCAAGCUCUCUUCGGCAGAGUCGACGUAG